UGCUUAUACAGAAGACGAAAAUCUGCAAGCAAAACUUCUUUUACAGGGAUUAUAUUUUUAUAGUUUAAAUUUAUUUGAACUGGGACGAUAAGUCCGUUGACAUGUAUAUUUUGAUUUGUUGCAAAAGAAUAUAUUAGAAUAAAAUCGGAUAUAGCGUGCGAAGAUGGGAAGUGGUUUCAGGCUGAAAUUUGGUACUGUUGCGAUAAUCGUGCAAACAGUUUUCAUCGUCCUGUUUGCCACCCUCACGGAAUACGACUGGCGAGCACAUCCGGUAUACUCGGACCCAAACCAUCCGUCCUAUACCAAUGACACCAACUUGGCAUUCCAAGAGGAUAACGAGUCCAUAUCACAUUAUGUUGGUCGGAAGUAUCCCCCGUUCCAGGAUGUGCACGUGAUGAUUUUUAUAGGAUUUGGGUUUUUGAUGACGUUUCUGCGACGUUACGGUUAUUCUGCUGUCAGUUUGAAUAUGUUCAUUUCAUCUUUGCUCAUCCAAUGGGCAAUGCUUGUCAGAGGGUGUGUCUACGAGGGGAUCUUUAAGGGGAACAAAUUCCAAGUCAGGCUAGAGGAGAUGGUGACAGCAGAUUUUGCUUCAGCCACAGUUCUAAUAUCGUUUGGUGCUGUAUUAGGUCGGACUAGUCCGCUACAACUUCUCAUCAUGGGAUUAAUUGAGGUCAUUGUUGCCCAAGUCAACGGAUACGUCUGUCAUGAUGUGUUACAUGCGGUAGAUGUAGGAGAAUCUAUGUAUAUUCAUGCGUUUGGGGCAUACUUUGGUCUAGCUGUUUCUAGGGUACUCUACAACAAGCAUGCACAGAGCCAUCACAAGGGCGAAUCUUGUUAUCACUCAGACCUAUUCUCUAUGAUUGGAACUAUUUUCUUGUGGAUGUACUGGCCCAGUUUUAACGGUGGUGGAUCUGAAGGGGACGAACAACACAGGGCCUACAUUAACACCUACCUCUCGCUGUGUGCCUGUACGGUGAUCACGUUCGCUAUUACAGCUUUAACAGAUAAGAAAGGGAAAUUUACUAUGGAAUUCAUCCAGAAUGCUACACUAGCUGGUGGUGUUGCCGUGGGAACUACUGCAAACAUGCCGCUACAGCCGUAUGGAGCUAUUAUAAUGGGAUGUGUGGCCGGCUUGAUUUCUUGUAUAGGAUAUAGAUACAUUACUGAAUUUUUGGCGGAGAAACUAAAAAUACAGGACACAUGUGGUGUUCAUAACCUGCACGGAAUGCCCGGGGUUCUAGCUGCUAUUGCUGGUGCUGUCAUGGCUGCUAUGGCAACGCAAGAAGAUUGGGGAGUGAGCCUGUACGAGAUAUUCCCCUACAGAGCCCCAAAACCAGACGACAUAACUAAUGAAUUCCAACGCCAAUUUCCGAGCGUCGAUGUAGAAUCCGGUAAAGGUUGGUCCGCCGGUAAGCAAGGUGGUUACCAAGCACUAGCACUGGCUGUUACUUUAGGAAUCGCCAUCGUUUCCGGUUUAAUUACAGGAUUGAUUCUGAAAAUACCAAUAUUUGACCAAGUGAAUGAUGAGGAGGAACUAUUCGAGGACAUGAUGUUUUGGAAUGUUCCCGAGGAAGAAGAAGAAGGAAAGUCCGAGGUGGAACUUGCCGCAAGGAAAUAUAUCCAAGACAAAAACGGUACACAAAUGACAGAAAAGUUGUAACCAAAUUAUGUAUACUCGGAUUAUAUAACCAAUAGGUGCUUUUUAAAAGUAUGAACGUAUGCGAACACGGGUAUUGAUCAGAAUUAUAAAUACAAUUUUUAUUUCCGAAGAAUAUUAGAGUAACAGAAUAGUGAAAUUUGGGUUUAGGCAUAUUUACUCAAUGUUAUCAGCGUCUUUCAAAUAAAGGGGUUUUGAAAAGUUGAUUAGAGAUGAAAAACAAUAUUACCACCACCAACAACAACAUCCAACAACAACACCCUGUACCAUCGACAAAAAGAACAACAUUAACGACAGAUGCAGCUGCAGCAGCAGUAACAACAAUAUCAACAACAACAACAACAACAACAACAGGAUUGCUUUAAAUACGUGAAAGAAAAAUAAAAGAGUGUAUGGAUUUUUCAGAUGCAAACUUCCAGAGUAAAGGCUUUUUUUUAAAGAAUUGAAGGUUUGUACAAGUGUGGUGAUAAAAAAUUUGCAUAUUACAUGUAGUGUGUGUUGUCAACGUUGUGGCCGUAUUAAAGUAAUAUGAUUUUUUGUUUGAUGUAUAAGUAUUUUAAAAUAAUUGGUGU